GGAAGUGGAGGGAGGAGAGGCCCGGGGCCUGGUGAGGUGGUGGGGAGGGGCCUGAGACACAGCCAGAAAGUCAAGGGCCUGCUGACUCACUGGAACAGAACGUCCUGUUUCUUUUCUGCUUCCUGACGGAUUCUCUGAGAAUCAAAGCACGGUCCUCAAAUCUCAGAAACAGAAAAAGAAACCAAUACAAAGCAGGAGGCUCCUGGAAGUCCGGCCAGACGUAGGAAACCGUGACAGAGGUCGGAGUAGUGUCAUGUGGGGCCACUAACAGCCCCGAGGGGGUGCGCCCCAGGACCUCAAAUCAGUAUCUUGGAAGACAGCAGGGAGCGUGGCUGGGAGAGCCGAGCAGCUAUCAGCACCCAGGCCCCGUGUCCGAUGGGGAGCUAAGGCUCCGAGAAGCACCCAGGUUGCUCAGCGUGUCAGCGGCUGCGAGGGGCCAUGGAGACAGCAGUGCUUGGUGUGGUGGCGGUGCUGUUUGUGGUCACUGUGGCCAUCACCUGCGUCCUCUGCUGCUUCAGCUGUGACUCGAGAGCCCAGGAUCCCCAGGGGGGCCCUGGCCACAGCUUCACGGUGGCCACGUUUCACCAGGAAGCUUCUCUCUUCACGGGCCCGGGUCGCCAUGCGCAGCCAGUGGCAGGGGCCCGGGACUUCUGGACCUUCAUGUGAGGCCCGCCAGCCCCCAGGGUUUGCUCUGCUUGUGGGUCAGACUCACCCGGCCCCCAGCAAGCCCGCCCUGAUGUCCCCCUCUUCCAAGUCUGGCACUGCUGCUCUUCCUUGCCUGUAUCCAGACAAUUCCCUGUUGCAUUCUGUCCUGAGUUGCUGUGUCCUCCCACCUGGGACAUCCACGGUGGUGGGACCAACUGGGAGUCAUCCCUGGCCCCUGAGAGCUCAGCUGGACCUGCCCACAGGAUGGGGCUUAGGAAAGGUCCGAGGAGUGGGAGACGGUACAGUUUUGGAUUGCACAGCAGGCAAGCUCUUCUGAUCUGCAGGGGAAGUGGGACUUACCGUAAACAGGGUUUGGUUAACUCAGGUGAACCCCAGGAUGCCCACGGAGCUGGCUCUAUGGCUACCAGAGGAAGCAGCGCCCUCCAGCGGACACUUUCACAAACCACCUCUCACCUGCCCCACUGACUGAGUCUUUUUGCUCUUUGAAUGAGCACAUGCCACAGAGCCCGGCCGGCCGUGAGGCCUGCCCCAGCCAGCUGCCCGAAAUCAGCCCUGAAACUCCGAAACCAAAGGGCCACUUCCUGGGAACAAACGGUUUAUUUUAUAAUUGAAAAUGUAUAUCCUUUUAUGGGUCUCCCAAGAGGCAGGUUUGGAAAACCACCAAAGGACACAGAAGAGAAAAUCAGUCCCAGAAAGUAUGGGCUAUUUUAUUACCAGAAAAGCCAGAAAGAAGGAGACUUUAUUACUCCAUUCUUUUUGGUCACUUUUAUUCUCAGAGAAUGGGACCGCCUUGGGUCACUCAGGAUUGACAGAAAAUCAGGAACUCAAAGACAAUUCCAAGUGCGUCCAAAUGUCACGUUGCAGGGAGAGUGUGCAACAGUGCUGUUGUUCCCGUCACAGAUGAAAAAGUCUCAGAUUUGUUCAUGGAAGAUCUGUUUUCUCUGUACCCACGAAAUAAAUGUUGUGCCAUAUUUAAU